CAGGAAGCGGAGUGAAGAAACCUAAAAUGGGGGCAAGAAGACCGCUGAUUGGCCUGACAGCUUGGUUACUUUGGAGUGCCUGCUUGGCCUCGGAGCUGUCUUUUCUGCAGGAGCCCAGAGAUGUGAUUGCAGUGAGGGAUCGCCCGCUCAUGUUGGACUGCAGCGUGCAGGGCCAGGAGCCCAUUCAGAUUACCUGGCGUAAAAACGGCGUGCCUUUGACCGUCGGACGGCGCUUUCAGGUGCUGGCAAACGGCACGCUGUGGAUCCACAGCUUCCAGAAACGCAAAGAAGGCGGCGACGCCGAUACGGGAGAGUACGACUGCGCCGCUCAGAAUCUUUUUGGCAUGCUGCUCAGCCGCAAGGCCAAAGUCCUCCUGGCGUCUCUUCCGAAGUUCCACACCCACCCCACGUCCAUGGUGGUCGAUGAGGGAGGAGUCGCACGCUUCCAGUGUCAAAUCAGCGGAAUACCCGAGGCCAACAUUACGUGGGAGAAAGACAGAGUGCCCCUGAGCACCGGCGACAACAGGUACACCCUUCUGCCCAUGGGGGUCCUUCAAGUGACAGCUGUGAGGCAGGCUGACGUGGGGGGCUUCCGCUGCGUUGCGACCAACAUCGCAAACACUCGCUAUAGCCACGAGGCCAUUCUCAACAUCACUGGCGGAGCCUCAAGAACCUACAAGGAGCCGGUCAUCCUGUCGGGACCUCAGAAUCUAACCAUCACUGUCCAUCAGACCGCCAUUUUAGAGUGCAUCGCCACAGGAAACCCGAAGCCUAUCGUUUCCUGGAGCAGACUCGACGGCCGCUCCAUCGGAGUGGAAGGUAUCCAGGUUCUGGGAACGGGGAACCUGAUGAUCUCAGAUGUUUCUCUGCAGCAUUCUGGUGUGUACGUGUGCGCUGCCAACCGGCCGGGCACGAGGAUGAGACGAACUGCACUUGGCAGGCUUGUGGUACAAGCGCCUCCAGAAUUCCUUCAGUGGCCGCAGUCCAUCUCCAAGCCAGCAGGGGGCAGUGCCGUGUUCACUUGCGUGGCACAGGGUGUUCCCGAGCCUCACCUCAUCUGGCUGAAAAACGGAAAAGUUUUAAUGCCCGGACGCAACGUCAAGUUGACCAAUAACAACAGCACCCUGGCUCUGACUCGUAUCAGCUCCGAGGACGAGGCCAUCUACCAGUGCAUCGCGGAGAACAGCGCCGGCAGCAACCAGGCCAGCGCCCGACUGGCUGUGGCGCAAGCCCAAGACCUCCCCGCCGCCCCCCGGGGCCUCACGGCCAGCGUGCUGUCCACUAGCGCUCUGCAAAUGGCGUGGAGCCAGCCGCCCGCCGAAGUCACCGACGCCAUCAUUGGUUACGUGCUGCAUAUCCGCAAAAUAGGAGAGCCGGAUUCUUUGGAGCUACAGGAAGCCAUCAGCAAAGGGGCCUUUCGGCACGACGUCAACAACCUGGAGCCGGCCACCACCUACUCUCUUUAUCUGAAGGCCUAUUCGCCGCUUGGGGCAAGUCAGCAGUCUGACACGGUGGUCGCAACAACACUAGGUGGCGUCCCGACCCCGCCGACGUUCUUUACCAAGGUGGUGAAUUCCAGCGCUCUCCAGGUACUGUGGGAGCUCCCGAGCAAGGCAGGCAAGGCCGAGGGCUUCAGGCUGUCCUACCGCAGGGUCCCCAAUGCUGAUUUCCGGGGUCCCGUUCAGCUACCCUGGCACGUCAACGCCCACGUGGUCUCAAAUCUGGAACCGGGUGCCGUGUAUGAAGUCAAACUGGUGGCCUACAAUGGAAACGGGGAGAGUGACUGCUCCAAGAGACUGGUUUCGUUGGCAGAGGAAGGCACCAGUGCCCAAAACACCGGUGAGAACGUGCCGUGUCAGUGCCGGGACGGAGAAGCCUCUCUGGGCAGCAUCGUUAUUGGCAUCCACAUCGGCACCGCCUGCAUCAUCUUCUGCGUCAUCUUCCUGGUGUUUGGAUAUCGCCGCAGUUUGUUUUGCGGUCAAGGGACUCGGGACAGUUGGUCCGUCCCAAGUGACAACGCGGGACACAACAGCGUCCACAAGGGGGCGCCAAAUGGUGGCAGGAUGCAGCCGGUGCCUCAGGAAGCGCUUUGUCCGGCACAGUGCCAAGUCGUCAUUGAGCAACACUCAUCGGGUCUUCCAGGCACUGGCACAGGCUAGCACUGGUCAAACACCCUCACAACCCCCCCCCUCUGCCCCCCCC